GCAUCGUGAAACUGCUGCAGGCAGCCAGUUUCACUUCCAGUUGGCAAAUUGAUUAGAUAAGUUGUAAAAAAAUAUUACGCCAUAAUUAGGAAAAUAUAUUAAUCUAGGUAAAAUGUACAAAUCUUUGAAAAUUUUCAUACUUUCCUGUCUCAUCUCACUUUCUUUUUGCGGAACACGUCCAGCCCACCCAGGCGAGGAAGCACGUGCCCUCGCGUUAUGGGAUCGACACUGCUCCGGGGGCAAGGACGGUGGUAACGAGGGCAGUACCUUCAUCCAUUGCAAACAUCCACUUGAAGUCCAAACAAAAACUUUGAUAAGCUCGAUCCAAGCCCAAAAUCCGGAACAGCUUCAACGAGAACAAUACAUUUUCGUUGACCCACCAAAAAUACACUUCAACCAUGAGCUUGAAAUCCGUGGCGGUGCAGCUCUAGAACCCAAGACGGUCGUUUAUGUCAGACCAGCCAAGACCAGCCACACGUACGAGGCGGACCUCCAAAUUCCUAAGAAUGAGCACAAGAAGCCAGAGCUGGUAUUUUUGUCGUCAUCCGGCGGGAGUGGCGGGGCGAGAGGUCAAGGGGUCGAGGUCGCCCAGAGUUCGGCUCCACUUCCGAUAGUCGCCAAAGCACCUCCAGUGGUUGAGGAGAAUGAUAGUGACAAAUUUAGCAAGAGGGAAGCGCAGCCCGUGCGACCAGUCUAUGUCAGACCAGACUCUUCCGUCGUCUAUGUUACUUCCACGGAAUCGAAAAGAGUCGCGUUAAAUGGAAUGUUGUCAACACAAGGCAUCAAGUCGUAGGAUCAUAGUGUAUAAAGUAAAUUUUUGUGUAAUUAAUGGCUAUUUAUUUUUGUGUCAAGGUUGCCUGCGUGCGUGUAUGUUAUGUGUAUUUAGAUAAUUAAUAAAAUUUGCUUAAGGUGAAAAGAACA